UGCAAGUGAAAAUUAAAUUUUAUUACAAGUAAAAUGAGCUCGAAAUUAAUACUUUAUGGUGUCUAUAUGAGUCCACCGGUGCGUGCCGUACUCCUCACACUAAAGGCUCUAGAACUAGACUAUGAAUUCAAGGAAAUCAACGUAGCUGCUGGUGAGCACUUGCAACCAGAAUAUUUGCAGAAAAAUCCACAACACACUAUGCCACUUCUUGAGGAUGAUGGAAAAUGUAUAUGGGACUCGCACGCCAUUAUCGCAUAUUUAGUACGAAAAUACGCUAAAGAUGAUUCUUUGUAUCCGAAAGAUUUCUAUGAACGUGCCGUAGUGGAUCAACGCUUACAUUUUGAAAAUGGUGUUCUUUUCACUGCAUGUAUUCGACAGCUAGUUGCUGUUGUAUUCCACGGCACGCCCACUAAGGAGGUAGUGGCUGAACGUAUAAAAGCUAUUAAUGAGGCAUACGAAACACUGGAAAAAUUUUUCGGUGAUCACGAAUACUUUGCCGGAAAUAAAUUGACAAUCGCUGAUUUCAGUAUUGUAUCGUCGGUAUCAUCACUGGCACCGAUAUCACCAGUGGACGUAAGUAAAACUCCAAAAUUGGCUGCAUGGUUUGAGCGUAUGAAAGAGUUGCCAUAUUAUGAAGAAGUUAGCGCUGUUGGCAUACAAGCGAUUGUCGAGAGAAUACAGGCUAAAUUAGCUGAUUUAAAUUGAUUUUUAAAAAUAUUUAAUUAAAGUAUAUUUAACAUAAUGAUAAGAUAAA